AUUUAUGUUAACCCAAACAAUUAGUCGUGCCUUCAGUCAAGUUGUCUUAAAAGCCAACAAGAAUCAAGCAAGAGAGUUAGGAGAGUAUGCCAUUGAAUUCAUGAAAAAUGGUAAUCCAAGUGUGAAAGUGCUCGAGAGAUGCAAACUCUUCCACACAGAUUCAGUAUUCUGUGGCUUAAGCGCUUUAGCUUUGAAAACAAAUGCUCCAACUAUUUUAGCGUACGAAUACUUGAAUAAACAUUAGUUAAGAAGCCAAAUCAUUGGCAGCCAAGACUGGAGCCGCUUCAAAACCAAAGCUUGGAUUUGCCAAAGUUUUCGGAAGCAACUUAUGGGUGCCAGCCACAAAUGCAAUCGUAGCCAACUCUGCAGCUGUCAGAGAAUGGGAUUCCAAUGGCACAGUGUUCGGAUAUGAUGCUAGUAGUCCAGCAAGAAGAGCAGGUGAAUUUGGUCACAAUGAUUACUACCCAGUAGUUAUUGCAGCUGCUUAACAAAAUGCAUCCAUUGAUGGAAAGACAGCACUUAAGGCAAUGGUAUUGAGUGAUGAAAUCAGAGGAAGAUUAGCUGAAGUAUUUUCAUUGAAAACAUACAAAAUUGGUAUUGAUAUUGUUCUUAUAUUGUAUAGAUCACGUUGUUCAUGGAGCUAUUGCAUCAAUCUGCACAUAUGGAGCAUUAUUGGGAGCUACUCCUGCUUAAAUCGAAUCAGCCAUUGGUAUGUUCGUUGCUCAUUACAUCCCAUUCAGAGCCAUCAGAGCAGGACAUCAAUUAUCAGAUUCAAAGGGUGCAUCGGCUGCCAUUUCUACUGAAGCAGCCAUUAAAUGUUUGUAGAGAUCAAUGAAUGGAUUUGUUGGUCCAGCUGAUAUCUUCCGUAACCCAGAAGCUAUCUUCAGAUUGUUCUAAAAGACUAAGGGAGACAGUCCUUUUGAUAUUACUCUCUCAUUAGGUGGAGAUGAUUUUGCCGUUAUGGGAAUGCAUUUCAAAUUAGGUUUGUAUGAACAUCAAUCUGCUGGUGCUUUGGAAGGAUUGUAAAAGCUUAUUUUGGACACCAAAUUUGUCCAAAACUAUUCAAUCGACUCCAUUGAUAAAAUUAAAGUCACUGCUUAUGAACCAGCUUUCGGAAUUAUUGGAGACCCAGCUAAAAGAGAUCCUCACACAAGACAAUCUGCUGAUCACUCAAUGGUUUACAUCUUGGGUACUAUGUUGAGAAAGGCAUUCACUGAAAAAUCAUUCCAUUAACUCUUAUCAAGCACAAACGAUUUGAAUGAAAUCUGGAAAGCUCUCUUCCUUUCACCAUAUGAUUACAGUCAUGCAGCCGUUAGAAAUAAGGACACAAGAGUAUGCUAUCAAUAUCUAUUCUUAGAAACUCAUGGCCUUGACAGAGUUCGAACAUGGAGGAAAAGAAUAUGAUGAUAAAUAUCCCGAAGGUAUUCCAACAAGAGUUCAAAUCUUGUUGAAGGAUGGCAAGAAUUUGGAUAGUCAAUUCGUUAUGUUCCCAUCUGGUCAUGCUAGAAAUGCUAAUUGUGAUUUAACUGGAAUUCUUUAAAACAAGUUCAAAUAAUUAGGAAAAAUUGCUAUCAAGGACUCCAAAUCAUAAGAUUAGUAUAAGCUUCAUAAUAUAAUUUUAGAUUCUAUCAACAAUUAAACUCUAUCGAUACCCUCAGCAACAAGGAUUUAUAAACAAUCUAUAAUUGUGAAAUCAAUUAUGCCUCAAAAUCCAUUGAUGAAUGAUUAAUGCAUUAGAUACAUAUCAUAACAUAUUAAUAUUU